AUGUCGACCUUGACAGGAAAGCGGAUUGCAGACGAUGUGAUAGAUAGCCCGUCGAAGAGGAUAAAGCAGUAUUUCAAGGAGGGGUUCAUGAGAUUCGGGGUGCAAUGGGCAAACGAGGAAUUUGCUGCAGCGUCACAGCAGGGAACGUUCUCGCAAGCUUCGCAGGAUAUCAUGGUCCCUGAUGUGGAGCCGCAGCCGGCGCAGAAGGAGCAAGCAGGAACAGGCAUGGAAGUCGAUACCCAGAAGGAAGCGGAGUGGUGGGAGUGGUGGAGCAAGAAGUGGGAACAGCCUGCGUACGUGCAAGUCCCCAAUGACUUGAUGAGAUGA